AUGGCGGAUUCAAGCUCUUCUCUUCCUCCUCUUUGCGAAAAGAUCUCAUACAAACGCUAUGUUCUAAGAGCUGUGGAUCUCACGAUUCUAGGCCUUCUCUUAUCUCUUCUCUUGUACCGAAUCCUACAUAUGAGCCAAAACGACAACGUCUGGAUCGUAGCAUUCCUCUGUGAAUCUUUUUUCUCUUUCAUAUGGCUGCUUAUUACCUGCAUAAAAUGGAGUCCUGCUGAAUACAAAGCAUAUCCUGAUAGACUUGAUGAAAGGGCUCAUGACCUUCCUUCGGUAGAUAUGUUUGUGCCCACGGCGGAUCCGGUUCGGGAGCCGCCGAUUCUGGUUGUGAACACCGUGCUUUCGUUGUUAGCUGUGAAUUAUCCGGCGAACAAAAUAGCUUGUUAUGUAUCGGACGAUGGAUGCUCACCUCUCACUUACUUCUCUCUCAAGGAAGCUUCCAAGUUCGCCAAGAUUUGGGUUCCUUUCUGCAAGAAAUACAACGUUAAAGUUAGAGCUCCUUUUAGAUAUUUCUUGAAUCCUCCGGACGCAUUAGAGGAUUCUGAAUUCAGUAAAGACUGGGAAAUGACAAAGAGAGAGUACGAGAAGUUAAGACGGAAAGUGGAAGAUGCCACCGUAGAUUCCCAUUGGGUGGUCGCAGACGAUGAUUUUGAAGCUUUCUCAAACACAAAACCAACUGAUCAUUCAACUAUAGUUAAGGUGUUAUGGGAGAACAAGGGAGGUGUGGGAGACGAGAAAGAGAUCCCACAUGUCGUAAGAGUAUCAGGGUUGAUGACAAAUGCGCCGUACAUGUUGAACGUAGACUGCGACAUGUAUGUGAAUGAUGCAGAUGUGGUGCGAGAAGCAUAUUUGGGAGGAGGAAUUGCGGGAAUCCAAGGACCGAUUUAUGCAGGGUCAGGAUGUUUCCACACUAGAAGAGUGAUAUAUGGUCUUUCUCUAGACGAUUUAGAAGACGAUGGAAGUCUUUCUUCAGUUGGUACAAGGAAGUUUGUGGGUGAUGAGGAAAGUUUAGAAAGAGAAUUUGAGAAUUCUAAGGAGAUGGCGGAAUCGGUGGUCGAUGCAUUACAAAGAAAAGCAAAUAUCCAAAAUAGCCUUACAAAGUCCCUGGAAACGGCCAAAGAAGUAGGACAGUGUCAGUACGAGCACCAAACGAGCUGGGGCAAAACUAUCGGUUGGUUGUACGGUUCAACUGCGGAAGACGUAAACACGAGUUUUGGAAUCCAUUCGAGGGGAUGGACUAGCUCAUAUAUUACUCCGGAUCCACCGGCAUUUCUUGGAUGUAUUCCGCCAACAGGACCAGAUGCGAUGCUUCAGCAACGGCGAUGGGGGACAGGCAUGCUCGAAAUCAUUUUCAAUAAACAAAGUCCUUUGAUCGGAAUCUUUCACCAUAAAAUAAGAUUUCGACAACGAUUGGCUUAUCUUUACCUUGAGUCAUUUGCUCUAAGAUCAAUCCCUGAGCUCUUUUACUGUCUCUUGCCUGCUUACUGUCUACUUCACGACUCUACCUUAUUUCCCAAGGGACCUCUUUUAGUCAUAGUCGUGACACUUGUAGGGAUGCACUGUCUUUACACUCUAUGGGAAUUUACGAGCCUUGGUUUUUCCGUGACAUCGUGGUAUGGCUCUCAAUCAUUUUGGAGGAUAAAAGCCACUUGUUGUUGGUUAUUUAGCAUCCUUGAUGUCGCACUCAAGCUUCUAGGAAUCUCAAAAACUGUGUUCAUAGUCACUAAAAAGACAAUGCCCUCUACUAUGUCAAGAUCUGAGUCAGGAUCAUCUCAAGGAGAAGAAGAUACUGGUGGUCCAGACUCUGACUCAGGUAAAUUCGAGUUCGACAGCUCGCCUUAUUUUAUGCCAGGCACAUUUAUUAUAUUGGUGAAUCUAGCCGCUCUAGCAAGUUUCUUGGUGAGCUUAAAAUGGUUGAGUCCUAGUCACAUUGAAGGUGGUUCGGGCUUGGCAGAGGCUUGUGUAUGUGUUUUGGUGGUUAUGUUGUUCCUUCCAUUUCUUAUGGGUUUGUUUGAAAAGGGAAAAUAUGGUAUCCCAUUGUCUACUCUUUCUAAAGCUGCUUUUCUAGCAGUUUUAUUUGUUGUAUUCUCUGUGAGAAAGUAG